CCUAAUUCCUAAUUCCUAAUUCCAUCCGUCUUCUACUCCACAAUAAUAUAUACACGCUUUUUCUUUCCUUUAUGGACAUACAACAGCAAUACAAACGCGUGUUUGGAUAUUUGGACAAGAAUGGUGACGGCAAGAUAUCGCCACCGGAGCUCCAGAUUUGCAUUCGAAAGAUGGGUCAAGAGUUGUCAUCGGAGGAGGCAGAGAUGGUGGCAGAGUUAAUGGAUUCCGACGGUGAUGGAUUGUUGAGCAUGGAGGAUUUGGUGAAAGUGGUGGAAGCUGCAAAUGAGGAAGAGAAAGCCAACGACUUGAAGAUGGCAUUCAAGAUGUAUGGAGAUGAGGAUACCAUUACCCCUAAAAGCUUGAGGAGGAUGCUUAGCAAACUAGGAGAGUCGAGGAGCGUUGACGAGUGUGAGUUGAUGAUUGCAAAGUUCGACCUGGAUGGCAACGGUGUCCUUGAUUUUCAUGAAUUUCAGGACAUGAUGAUGUCGUAAAUAACACAUCACUCACCAUUCUUUACAAUUCAUUCAUUUCUUGUUCAUGUAAAUAAAAUAUUAUUUAUAAAUCUUUUUUCAGCAAUAU